AGUAGCGCGGUUGGGGUUUGCCCAGCUGCGCCUGCGCAGUUGAACCGAAGGGGGAAGAAGACAAAGGAGGGGCAGCCCUGGCUGCGCAGGCGCAGUCGGGAGUGGGAGAGCCAAAUUGCUGGCCUCUGCGCUGGUGGGGGGCGACUGAGGGCUGGGGAGGAGGCCGCGAGGAGUUCCCUGCAGCCACACGAUGGCCGACAAGAGGCGCUUGGCGUUCUCCAUCAUUCAGUUUCUCCAAGACCAGCUGCAAGAUGGGGGGCUCUCCCCAGAUGCCCAAGAGAGCCUGGAAGUUGCCAUCCAGUGCCUGGAGACGGCCUUUGGGGUGUCCAUGGACGACAGAGGCUUAGCCUUGUCCCAGACGUUGCCUGAAAUUUUUGAAGCUGCUGCAGCUCAGGAACCGCAGCAAACCUCAGCAGUGUCUGAGCCCGUCACCCUCUCAGAAGAAGACGCAGCUGAAGCAGAGAGGCUGAAAGCUGAGGGAAACGAGCAGAUGAAGGCAGAAAACUUUGAAAGUGCCAUCACGUACUACGGAAAAGCCAUUGAACUGAACCCCUCCAAUGCAGUUUACUAUUGCAACAGGGCUGCCGCUUACAGCAAACUGGGAAACUACAUUGGAGCAGUUAGAGACUGCGAAAGAGCCAUAAAUAUUGACCCCAAAUACAGCAAGGCCUACGGCAGGAUGGGCUUAGCACUGUCCAGCCUGAACAAACUCUCAGAAGCCGUCGUCUACUACAGAAAAGCCUUGGAGCUUGAUCCAGACAACGAAACUUACAAGUCGAACCUGAAAGUCACCGAGCAGAAAAUGGAGACGCCGAGCCCUUCGACAGGGGGCACUGGAGGCUUCGAUUUAGCUGGCUUGCUCAACAACCCUGGAUUCAUGAGCAUGGCAUCUAACCUGAUGAACAAUCCACAGGUACAGCAGUUAAUGUCUGGGAUGAUCUCAGGCGGUGCCAACCCGAUGGCAGCUCCAGGGGCCAGCGCGUCCCCCAACGACCUUGCUAGCCUUAUCCAAGCAGGCCAACAGUUCGCUCAGCAGAUGCAGCAGCAGAAUCCUGAGCUCAUAGAACAGCUGCGCAGCCAGAUCAGGAGUCGGACCCCCAGCGCCAGCAACGAGGAGCAGCAGGAAUGAGGCGGCUUGCAGGGGCUGCUGUUUUUUGGGAAGACAACGUCCUUCACUGCAGAAAGAAAAAGGAAGAACUGAAACUGGAAAAGCUAUGUUUGUGUUAACUGUUUCUCCAGCUUGGGGGGGGGGCGGGAAAUACGAAGAGGGCAAGCGAGGGUGGGAUGAGGGACCCCAACUUGAUCUGUCCUGCAUGUUAGAGAGGCAGUUUCUUGUAGCCUCUUCCUCCUCCACCUCCACGUGGGCAUCUCCAGGAGAGCCAGCAAGCUGUCGGCCGCAGAGCAGCACAUCGACCCUUUUGCCGCCCACCUUGAGACUCCUGGAAAAUCAGCAACGGGUGCAGUUGAUUUUUUAAAAAUUCCUUCUUCCUGGGAAACACCGUUGCUCCAAUGAAAUUUGACUCCAAAACUGCGGCCUUCUCCAGCCACAAAGAAGGGGUGGUCGCAAUCUCUCUCUUCCUUUUUUGCAAACUGUUCCCCCCUCACCUCAACCCCCCCCAAAGUUUGAAGGAUUUCUGUCUUAACCUCCCUGUUGUGACCUUUGCUGACUCUGUUACCUGGCGCCCACAAGCCCGGCUGCACCUUUGGGGGUUCAGCGCCGUUCGUGGAGUUCCUUGCUUUGGGCGUCUCCCGCUGACGUGUCAACACCGCAGUAAAUGGGGGAACUUUACAGAAGGAAUUUUUGUGAUCAUGUGUGUUGGGGGAGGUGUGGGGGGGCAGCCGAUCAUAGAGGGGGCAAAGACCGUUUUCUGUGACUUUUGGAAACUUGACCUUUUAUUUUUUUUUCCAAUAGGACUCUCUUCUGCUGUUGUUUUAAAGAUCAUGGUAAUAGCGAUCUCUUUGUGGUUUUCUUGAGAGGGUUAGGACUGACUUGCUCCUGUUCUGGUUUUUGAAAGUAGUUUUUAAUUCAACGUUUGCGGUUUGGUUUUUUUAUUAUUUUGGGAGGUCGUGCUGGAGUCUGCAUGCUUUGCGGCCCCCCUGGAAGGUGGGAUUGAGUUGCCUAGUGAGUACAGGAGUGAGCUGAAAUUGCCAUUUUGGCUCUUCCCCCCCCCAAAAAAAGACAAACACAACAACUGACGGUCCUGUUCAGCUUGGUCUUAACAGAUGUCAUUCAAAUAUAACCUGGUGCCAAGGAAAUGGCUUCACAGAGAGUGUGAAUGGGGAUGGUGGCCCUCAAAUGAAUAUACAACACACAGGCUUGUUGCUCCGUCACCCCAACCUUUCUAAGUGUGUGUGUUCUCGCCGGCUGGGGACCACAGCGCCGUCCCCAACUCACUCUCUCCCUCUUGUCUUCCCCCCCCCGCCACAAAAUCCUUUUGGUUUGCAUGGCCUGGGGCCACUAAGCCCCAAGCCCUGCUGGGUGGGCCUGCCACCUCUGGGCGAAGCCACCGUCCCUCUUGCAGUGGAUUAACAGAUCGCUUCCCCUGGGACGGAAAAGCAGAUUUUAUACGGGCAACCGGGUGCCUGGCAUGUCAGCGUUCUUCGCUCCAGCCCCCAAUAUCUCAGUGAUUCCUGGGGGACAAUCCCAGCCUGUAAUGGGACUUGCCAAUUCCCCAGAAUUGUGUGUGUGGGGGGUCUCUCUCUUUCUCUACACCCCUUGGUUAAAUGCUGCAAGACAAGAAAAAGAUGGUCUGGGGUUGGUGGUGGAGGAUUCUAUUUGCUGUGAUGAACUGGCUUUGUUGGAGGUAAAAUCGUCCUGUGGGGGGGAGAGGAAGAGAUGGCCCCUUGGUCCUUCCACAGAGAGAGGAAUGGGCUGGGAUCUUCCUCCCCUCCCAUCAGCUAGCAUUAUUCAAAUUACUUUAAAAUGUUUUUUUUUAAUUGGCACUGUGUUUUUUUUACUUUUUUUUUUUUAGAGUAGAAAAUAAAAUUAUUUUGACACCGUU